AUGGGAGUUAGUACACCCCCCAAUCUCGCCGGAGGCAUCGGCCAGCGCACGUCGGACGAGCUCGCUUCGGCCGAGCGCUACACGGAGAUCAAGGCAAACCCUGAGCCGCACUCCAACGAGGUCUUUGCCUCGCACCACACCGCUGGCUCCGGUGACGCCCCCGGUUCCGAUGACGAGGCAUUCCAGCGUGGCGUGCAGCGCGUGCGAGCCAUGACGACUAUCUGGUCGAAAUGGACGUUGGUUAGCACGCUUGUCCUCCUGUAUCUGAUCGAGUUUGUCGGCACGCUUUACGUUUACGUCGAUUUGACCCUCAACCCAUACAUCACCUCUUCGUUCGGUAAACACGGCCUCUUGAACAUUGGCAACAUCCUGUCGUCAAUCAUAUCCGGCUGCACGCCCCUUGCUCUCGCCAAAGUCAUCGACAUCUGGGGCCGUAUCGAGGGUUUUCUCGCCAUGCUCCUUGUUUGUCUCCUCGGCAUGAUCAUGAAGGCCGUCUGCCAAAACGUGGAAACGUACAUAGCCGCCCACGUGCUCUACCGAACCGGCUAUAUUGGUAUGACGUACGUGGUAGGGGUCCUUGUCUCGGACAUGACGACGCUCCGAAACCGUAUGAUUAUGCUCGGCAUCAACGAAACGCCUCGCAUCGCCAGCACGUUUGCAGGCCCUGCCAUUGCCCAACUCUUCUACACCAACCUCAACUUCCGGUGGGCUUUUGGUGCAUUCGCCAUAAUUCUAGCGGGCUGCAGUGUUCCCGCCAUUAUCCUGAUGACGUUUAUGAUAUGCAAAGCCUCUAAGCAAGGGGUUUUACGCAACCGACGUUCGUCGGAGAGGACCUGGUACCAAUCGACCAAGCAUUACAUUAUCGAGCUCGAUUUGGUCGGCAUACUCCUUAUCGCUGCGGCCCUGUCGUCCUUGCUCCUGCCCUUUAGUCUGGCUCGCUAUGCUCCGCAAGGAUGGUCAACCCCGUAUAUCAUCGUCAUGGUGGUGCUCGGCGUUGUGCUGUUCGUCUUGUUUUACCUCUGGGAGAGCAAGCUCGCACCGACCCAGUUUCUCGCGUUCGAGUUUCUCAAGCAGGGCACCAUCAUCGGCUCCUGCUUGCUUACCGGCAUCAUGUUCCUAUCUAACUUUUGCUGGAACGGCUAUUUCGGCUCGUACCUUCAGGUCGUCCAUAGACAAAGCAUCACAAACGCCAACUAUAUCCUCAAUGCCUACUCACUGACCUCGACCGUCUUCGCGCCCAUCAUCGGCGCCCUCAUCAGCUGGACCGGCAACUUCAAAUGGGCCGCCUUCUGUGGUGUUCCCCUUAUGCUACUUGGCACGGCGCUGAUCAUCCCUCUCCGCUCUCCCGAUGCUGCGAUCGGUGUUCUCGCCCUGACCCAGGUUCUGGUCGGUCUUGGUGCCAGCUUCUUUAUGGUGUGCAGCUCCAUCGCGAUCAUGGCCCCCGUCACUCAUCAACAAAUCGCCGCCGUGAAUGCCCUUUCCGGUCUGUUUCGCGGUGUUGGCUCCUCCAUCGGCUAUGCGAUUGCUGGAGGCAUAUGGAAUAACAUGCUACCUACCGAGCUAUACAAUCGCCUGCCAGAGCCCAUGAAGAACCAGUCGAAGACCAUCUUUGGCGACAUCGUCCUGCAGAUGUCGUUCCCCGAUGGCUCCCCGGAGCGCGAAGCCGUUGUUGGAGCCUAUAGCCACGUCAUGAGGCUCAUGGUGAUUGCCGGCGCCUGUUUCAUGCCCUUGUGCCUGCUCUCCAUCAUUUGCUGGAGGAACAUUAACGUCAAGAAGCUCGAGGAGGUCCACGGAAAGCAGACUAAAGGCACGGUUUUCUAG